AUGGAGGAGAGAGCUGGUCAGCAAGAGGAGGAGAGAUGCAGCCUCCGUCUAAGAAAGCUACAGCACUGGGCAAGGCACAGGCAGAGUGGGCACCUCUUGGUGCUGGCGGUGAGUCAGCUAUGGCUGGCAGUGACUGUGGUGCCCUUUGCUGUCUCCGUUGCCUGCCUGAACUCUGACUGUCACAUGGCCACAGCGCUGCCUCUUGGGCCUGGGGCCUCAGGUCUCCUCACUGGGAUUGUCACCCUUGAGCUUCGCAGAGCACCCCGUCUCUGGAAGGUGCGGGCCAUGAUGAUACUCAACACCUUCAACCUCAUCUUGAGCUUCAUCGUGGUGGUGGUCGAGGUGAUGAAGACAGCCUUGGGGUCUGCCCCAACUGCACCCUCCCAGAUGGCUGGCUUGCUGGUGCUGGAGAUCAGUGCUGAGGCCUUCACCCUAGUGGGAGUGCUGAUCUCAGUGCAUGCCCUAUUCCUGCUGAGCCAGAGGAAGCCAGGAUGCUUCAGGAGCAGGAGUUUGCACUACCAGGAGCUGCAGGAGGGCCUCUCUGAGUUGGAGGAGGUUCCUGGUUUGGAGAGCGGUUCCACGGUGGCCAGCACAGGCAACAGAACAAGUGAGAGAGUGGGCAAGAGGGAGCAGGCCGGUGUUGCUCUCCCGCUACCCUGA